GAGCUCAUGUCUCAUCUGCUGGUUCAGUCUGAUGUGGCUGGCAAAGGGUACAUUGCUCCAGACAUGGCAGAGAGGAGGAGAAGUUCGGCUAAAUCACCCAAGUCUGCCAAGAAGAGUUCAGGCAAGUCCCCAAGCAGCGACUUGAACAGUGAAGAGGCUGCCAAGAGGAGAGCUGCCUUGGAAAAUGCUAUUAGGCGCAAGAUUGAAAGAGAAAAGAAGGCUCUGCAAAUCGUUGAACGUCUCCUUGAGGAUGAUGUUACAGAAGAUUUUCUGCUGGACUGUGCUAGGUUUAUUUCAUCCGCUCAUUAUAAGGAUGCAGUGGAAGAAAGAUUUAUUGUCAAGUUAUGUGGCUAUCCCAUAUGCAAAAACAAGCUUGAAAAAGUGCUAAAGCAAAAGUAUUGGAUUUCUACAAAAUCAAAUAAAGUUUAUGACAUCACAGAACGAAAGUGCUUUUGUAGCAACUUUUGUUUUCGAGCAUCCAAGUAUUAUGAAGCCCAGAUUCCCCAGAGCCCAAUCUGGACAAGGGAAGAAGAGAGCCCUCCAGAUAUUAAACUCCUACGAGAAGGAAAGAGUGGCUGGUCUGGAAUGGAAGUCAAAUUUUCUGAAAAACUCAUCAAAACUUCAGAAAUAGAGAAAGUCACAUCAUUGGAGGAAAAUGACCGUGCCAAAUAUGCAGACCGCAAUAAUGAGGUCACAGAACCGGAACCUGCUUUUGUAUCCUCAAUUAUUUCAGUAGAUGGUCUCAGCCAUGAUCACACGGAAACACCUGAUCAAAAUAGGGUUCAGUCAGAUGAGACUGUAAAGACACCUAAUUCCAAUGGCCCAAGUAAGGUCUUGACAGAAGUGACUGAAAAGUUAAAUCUUUGCCAUUUAGGUGAUUGUGACGGCAACCUGCCAAAGAAUGAACCAAGUGACUCUCCCGUCCUUUCUCAUGAAACGGUCCUUGCAGAAAAUGCAGAGAAGUCCCCAGAGAGUAGUGAAAUAGAGAUUUUUGAUAUAACACAAAGAGCAGUCAGCAAAAGAGGAGCCGAACAACUACGAAAAUUAAUCUGCAGUUCUAGCCAUUACCAGUCUGCUCAGAGAAAUCAAAUUCCUGUUGUUGCUGCAAAAGGAACUGUGUUGGAGGUACUUACACAGACAUUAAAUGAGUGGAAAACUGAGGAAACCUUGAAAUUUCUUCAUGGGUCAAACUAUAUGGUGGAAUUUGAACCUCCCAAGAAAGACUUACGGAAUGGGAAAGAUAGUGUGGAGGAAUUAGAUGAAGAUGACUUGAGCCUGGACACAAAUGACCUUGAAAAUAAUUUUGAAAUAUCCGGUGGGAAAAGUAAAAACAGUUUAGAUGAAUGUUUACCUUCAUAUAGUGAUCGCAAGGUAGAGAAACCAGCCCCGCAUUAUGCAAAGCUUCAAGAAGAGACAGAAAUAUUAAACCUUAAAGUUCGAGAGUUUUUUCGGGGAAAUUACAUGUUGCCAGAAGAAGUGGAGCAAGGAUAUCAUGACGUAGAAAAGACUUCUACAAAUCCAAAGAGUGACACAUCUUGGGUUCCGGCUCUUCCUCUUGUUGAUUCUUGUUCUCAACAACAAAUUCGUAGACGUAUAGUGCUAGAAAAACUUAAAAAAGUACUGCCAGCUGUCUUGUUACCCCUUCAAAUAACAUACAGCAACGUAUCCAAGGAGCUGCACAGUCUUGUCAAAACCUUGCAAUUUACUAAUCAGAACAUUACCCAUACCAUGCUGGAAUGGUCCAUAAUCGCUAUUGUCCUCUUAUCUGCAUUGCUACCCACAAUGGCUGAACAUAAGGAUUGCCAGAAGAAUUCCGGAUAUACACAGUUCAUUUCCAAGUUUUUAGAAGAAUUGCAUUUUGAAAGACAAGACCUGGAAUUCUUAAAACAUAAAUUUGCAAGCAACACAAUGACACGUCAGGUCAUGCACCAGUAGCAAAAUGUGUAGAUAUAUUUUUUUUAAAUUAGGUUUCAGUGAUGGCCAGUAGAGCUCUGGGCAAAACUGCCUAAUGCUAUUCAGCGGUUUAUUUUUUCCCAAGAUUGGGUGGCUUUGGAGACACAUUAUCUAAGCGGGUGCAGAGAGGCCUGCCAGGGGUUGCCCCUGUUUUUGUUUGAAAGAAAAAAGGGGAAUGGCAAACAAUGACUAAUUGCACUAUAACCACUAAAGUAAGCUGUUGCGUUUAUGGUGGUAGUAAUGUCCCCUGUACUAUGCUUGCUUUGUAUCUUUCAAUCACCAGCACAUUUAAUUUGUAUUCUACUUAUAUUAUACUUGCUUAAGUGAUUGCAUAAAUCGCAGAACUACAACUUUUCGAAGACUCCACUAUUUUGGUAAUACGGAGUACUGAGUCUUUUUUUA